GAUGAUUCACAGAAUAAAAAACAAGCUAGGUUCUACAUUGUAUAUCUAAAUAAUAAAAGAUGGGUUUGUUUUGGAGAGUUCUUAUUAUAUUACCUCUCUUUUUUGCAUAUGUGAACGGUGAAUAUUUUACAUACCCUGACCGUCAUACUGGCAAAGCCGAGUUAGCCGGUUUCAAGGGUCCAGACUCUCUUGCUACUGAUGGUGGCGGUUACUUUAGCGGUCCAUUGGUUGUUGAAAAUGCUGCAACUGCUACUCCCGGCAACCAAGGUGGAACUACCGAGGUGACAGUUGGGAAGCCCGGAGACAAUACCCUCGAUGCGUCUGUAGGCAAAGAUGAAAUUAAAGAUGCAAGUAUGACUGAGGCUGCAACUACGUUUAAAGGGAGUUGGGAAUUGUUCCUUGAGAAUGGCGGUGUUUCCGCAAUGCAUUUGCAAUUGCUUCCUAAGAUCAAUCAAGCUUUGAUGUUUGACGCCACAGUGUGGAAGAUCUCGAAGAUAAAAUUACCACCGCCAUGCCGACACGUCGAGGGAACCAAUGAAGAAGAUUGCUUUGCUCAUUCGGUUCUUAUGGACAUUGAAACAGGAAAGCUUAGGCCACUUAGGUUGCACUAUGACACUUGGUGUUCAUCGGGUGGUCUUGAUAUCAAUGGUCGAUUGGUAAGCACUGGCGGUUUUAACAAUGGCUCCGACACUGUGAGAAUCCUCGACUUAUGCGAUACUUGUGAGUGGAAAGAAUAUCCCGGUGCACUUGCAAAUGGAAGAUGGUAUGCCACACAAGUAACCUUAGGUGACGGUAAAUUUAUGGUGUUCGGAGGUCGAGAUUUCCCGACAUAUGAAUUUGUUCCACCAGAAGGCAAGAAAAACACUCAUCAAGAUGUGGUUGAUUUCAAUUUCUUGGUGGAAACACACGAUCCCGUGGAGAAUAAUUUGUACCCUUUCAUUUACCUUUCGACUGACGGCAACAUCUUCAUCUUCGCUAACAAUCGUUCAGUUAUUUUGAACCCUAAUACCCGCAAAAUCAUCCACGAGUUCCCGGUGCUCCCUAAUGGUGCUCGUAAUUAUCCUGCGUCAGGGAGUGCUUGCCUCCUUCCGAUCAUACUCAAGCCUAAUGAGGAUCGUCGUGUGAUCCCCGCCGAGAUUUUGAUAUGCGGUGGAGCACCGCACGAUGCGUUUGAAAAAGCUGAUUUGCAGCGUCCUAAGGUGUUUUUGCCCGGGAGCUGUGAUUGUGCUCGCCUUGAUUUCACCAAAAGGAAUAGUAAAUGGAAGAUCUUAAACAUGCCGUCAGCUCGUCUAUUGGGAGACAUGGCAGUUCUUCCAACAGGAGAUGUGCUUAUUGUUAACGGCGCAAAGACCGGUUCAGCUGGUUGGGAUGACGCCAGGGAGCCGAAUUUGAACCCUGUUUUGUACAAAUUCAAAACCGAUGGAACUGGUUCCAAGUUCACCGUGCUUAAUCCAUCCAACAUUGCUCGUAUGUACCACUCCUCGUUCGCUGUCCUCCCUGAUGCAAAAGUCCUCAUCGCCGGAAGCAACACGAACCCAGGUUACCUCGAUGACGCAUUAUUUCCCACCGAAGUUCGGGUUGAGAAGUUCUCGCCACCUUACUUGGACCCUAACUUGGCCAUGUUCCGACAAGAGAUCAUCACCGAAAAGUCCGAUAACCAAUUAAAGUAUGGCCAAAAAUUCACAGUGCAAAUCCGUGGAAAUGGUGUAAUCGACCAACAAAAGCUUCAAGUGACGAUCUACUCGCCGCCGUUUGUGACCCACGGGAUCUGCAUGAAUCAGAGAUUGAUUCAAUUGGGAAUUUUGGAAUUUAAUAAAGAUGUAGCCCCAAAUACAAACAACAUUGUUCUUCAAGCUCCCAUGAAUGGCAACAUUGCGCAACCUGGUUAUUACAUGCUCUUCGUGAACUACAAUGGGGUGCCUUGCCUUCGAUCGAUGUGGGUACAAAUUUUGCCAUAAAUAUUUCACCGGAAGCAUUUAAUCGUCGAAGACACUAUAUAUAAUUAUUUUAUUUCUAUAUAUAUAAAAAUAUAUGAAGUACUCUAUUUACAUGUUUGUUGCACCCACUAUUGUUUUGAAGAUCAUAUGAAGAAUUGAAUUUACUUA